AUGGAAAAUAUUUCAGGACUUAACUACUUUCAAAACAAUGAACCGUCUAAGUGGUCACUUAUUGGUUUCUUAAAAUGGAGAUCCGAAACACAACAGUUUUUAGAUAGCAAGAGAGAACAUAGUGCGUUCAAAUAUUUUCUCCAGGAACUUGCAACUGAUGAAAAUAAUACAAAUGCAAAAAGAGCACAAGAGUCACUCAACAACUGGAAGGAGAUCAAGCAUUCUCCGGAAGUUAAGAAGUUCUGGAAUGAUUAUAGAGCCCAGAAUUUACAGCAAGAUCUCCAGUAUGUUAAAGCACAAAAUGAAUUAAAAACUUUACAGGUUGAAACUGAAGAUAAUCACGAUGGAAGGACAAUCCUGGAUUAUCGAGAACUUUCCGGUUCAUAUAAAAGAAGGGAAAAUGAAAGUUCCAAUAAUAAUAAACAACCAAACAUUAAAAAAAAAACAUCUGCAAUCCGUCCAACCAAAAAGAUGAAACCAAGUGGCCAAACUGAAUCUGAAAAUAAUCCAAUCCCCGAUGUGGAGUGUGGAGAUAUCGAAACCUUUCUUAAUGACGAUUACACUGAUGACCAAUUUAUUGAUAAUGAAUAUAUUGAUGACGAAUUUAUUGAUGACGAAUCUACUGAUGACAAGUUAAAUAUGGCAUCCGUUGAGAAAA